ACACACACAGAGAGAGAGAGAGAGUGAGCGAGGAUCUCAGUGCGCAGUGCGGAGCUGAAAACAUGACUUUGCUAAGCUUUGCAUGGGUCAUCCGGGUUUGUGCAUGAUGCAUUAGACACUCACACAGGUGUGAUUUGACGGAGAUCAUGCGCUCGUGCGUCCCUUCGCGAGGAAAGUGUCUUCAUGAGUGUCCAAAGUAACAGCAACAGCAGUGGAAGUUUGGACGGAGCGCCAUCUUGCUCUCAGUUCUCGACUGGAUCUCCGACCCCGGGCUCAGUUUCUCCUCUCGAUAUCUGCGCUCCGCGGAGGCGUAAGGAAGGUAUGGAUGAACUGCAUUCUCUGGAUAGACGGCGGCAGGAGCUUUUGGAGGCACGUUUCAUCGGAGCAGUUAGUGGAAAUACAGGAGGAAGCACGGGGAGUGCUAGCGGAGGACCUAAAGGGUUGAACAAUAACGAAUGUUCCAGUCACAGUUUUGGCAGCCUGGGGUCAUCUAGUGACAAGGAGUCUGAGAACUCUGACAUAAAGAAAGGAGGAUCACCUGCAUAUUCAACUCCAGAGAAGAAGCACUCUGAGUCAUCCAGAGGAAGAAAGAGGAAGGUUGACAACCAGUCAGAGAUCAGCCAAGGAAAGUCUUCCGGCAGAGGGCCCAAGAUCAGCGAUUAUUUUGAUUUCCAGGGAGGCAACGGAUCCAGUCCAGUCAGGGGGCUUCCUCCGGUCCUGCGCUCGCCACAGAACUCUCACUCUGCACCCGGCUCUAUCGUCAGACAGAACAGCUCCUCACCCACAAGCUUGUGUUUCAUGGAUCCCAUGAUGAACCCGAAACUGCUGAGCAGCAGAAGUGUCCAGACGGAUUUGACAUUGUUGAAACUGGCUGUACUUGAGAGCAAUAAGAAUCUUGAUCUUGAGAAGAAGGAGGGCAGAAUAGAUGAUCUACUCAGGGCGAACUGUGACCUCCGCAGACAGAUAGAUGAGCAGCAGAAGCUGCUGGAACGUUUCAAGGAGCGUCUGAACAAAUGCACUACGAUGAGUAAAAAACUACUCAUUGAGAAGAGCACUCAAGAGAAGCAGUCCUGCCGUGAGAAGAGCAUGCAGGACCGGCUGCGUCUGGGGCAUUUCACCACGGUCCGGCACGGGGCGUCCUACAGCGAACAGUGGACAGACGGAUAUGCCUUCCAGAACCUGGUCAAGCAGCAGGAGUGGAUAAACCAGCAGAGGGAAGAGAUCGAAAGGCAGAGGAAACUUCUAGCGAAGCGCAAACCUCCCAGCACACCCUCCUCCCAGAGCCCGACCCCCAAUGAGUCCAAACAGAGAAAGACCAAAGUCGUCAAUGGAGCCGACAACGACCCCUUCCUCAAACCCAGCCUGCCUACACUGCUGACUGUGGCAGAAUAUCACGAGCAGGAAGAAAUCUUCAAACUGAGACUGGGGCAUCUCAAAAAGGAGGAGGCAGAGAUCCAGGCGGAGCUGGAGCGCUUGGAGCGCGUGAGGAAUCUGCACAUUCGAGAACUUAAAAGAAUCAACAAUGAGGACAGCUCUCAGUUUAAAGACCAUCCAACCCUUAAUGAAAGGUAUCUUCUCUUACACUUGCUAGGAAGAGGAGGUUUCAGUGAAGUUUUUAAGGCAUUUGACCUGUUUGAGCAGCGAUAUGCUGCUGUGAAGAUCCACCAGCUCAACAAGAACUGGAGAGAGGAGAAGAAGGAGAACUACCACAAACAUGCCUGUAGAGAAUAUAGAAUCCACAAGCAACUGGACCAUCCCAGAAUAGUCAAACUCUACGACUACUUUUCCCUGGACACUGACACAUUCUGCACUGUUCUCGAGUUCUGUGAGGGGAAUGAUCUCGAUUUCUAUCUGAAGCAGCACAAGCUGAUGUCUGAGAAAGAGGCUCGCUCCAUCGUCAUGCAGAUAGUCAACGCCCUCCGAUACCUCAAUGAGAUCAAACCGCCCAUCAUCCACUAUGACCUGAAACCAGGAAAUAUCCUGUUGGUGGAUGGAACGGCAUGUGGGGAGAUAAAGAUCACAGACUUUGGCCUGUCUAAGAUCAUGGAUGAUGACAGCUACGGAGUGGACGGGAUGGACCUGACAUCACAGGGAGCAGGAACCUACUGGUAUUUGCCACCAGAGUGUUUUGUCGUUGGUAAAGAACCUCCAAAGAUCUCUAAUAAAGUAGACGUGUGGUCUGUGGGUGUUAUUUUCUUCCAGUGUCUAUAUGGACGAAAGCCAUUUGGCCAUAAUCAAUCCCAGCAAGACAUCCUUCAGGAGAACACCAUCCUGAAAGCCACUGAGGUGCAGUUUCCUGCCAAACCUGUGGCGAGCAAUGAGGCCAAGGCGUUUAUCCGCCGCUGUCUGGCUUACAGGAAGGAGGAUCGCUUUGAUGUCCACCAGUUAGGCAGCGACUCGUACCUUCUUCCUCACAUGAGACGAUCCAAUUCAUCGGGGAACUUGCAGGCCACAUUCGCAAGCUCCGCCUCUUCAGGAAUCAUCUCCUACUGAUUGGCUGAUCAAUCAUGAUUGAUGGUUCUGAUGGCGAGUUCCCUCCCUUCGGCACCUCGGGGUGGACCGGAAAGGGGGAGGGGCUAUAAAUGUCAGCUUACAGGCUGUAGGACACGCCCACAUUGGCCAUAGUGACUGCCAUUGAUAUUGGGGCAGGAAUGGCUGAUGUCAUCCAGAUGUCCAUGAUCCAGAUGUCAGUCAGAGCUAGAACCAUUUGAAAAUGGAUAUUUGUUUUUUACCCAAGGCAUUUUGUGGAGUAGAUUUGGGAGGGUUACGCUAACAUUUAGCUUCUUGUUGAUAUCCUCCCUGAGCUACGCCUCUGUAACGGGGUGUUUUGUUUUGUGUAAGUGUGAAAUUUAGAGACAAUUAAUUGUAGGAUGAUUGGAAAUAGAAGAGCGAGUGUUUUAAUGUGACAGCGGUGUCUGUGAGAGAAUGUGUGUGUGUGCCUGUGAAUGGAUGUUUUAUGCCACAGCGUUACAUGUUGGCUGUUCAUAACAUACAUGUGUUGGGCACAGAUUGCAAGAUGUGUGUGUUACCAAAAUGCUGUCUAUUUUACUUCAAAGUAACAUUUAUGAAAAGUGUCAGUUUGUUUAAAUGGGUUUAAUAUUUGCAAAACAUAGAUAGGUGAAUCUCAUCAAAAAUGUCCAGGUCACAUUUCACCCCCAAACCAAAGGGGAAAAGUUACUUGAUAGUUUUUUUUUUUUUUAAGAUUUUGUCAGUUUUCAUGAUAGUUAAAGGCUAUCUCUCUUUCUAUAUAUG